CAAUCAUCACGGUCAUUCUGAGUGAAACAAUAGGACUGUAAAGCAUUUACUAGAAAUGUAGGCAGGCUUCGGCCAAGACAGAAAGGUUGGAGACCGACUAACGAUAAGCAGCAUCCAGGCAACGUUAACGCGUAUCAUCUCUGAAGCUCGCUCGUCAAAUGCCCAUUGAAAAUAUAUGAAUUAUGGUUAAAAAGUGUUAGCCUUUUACCGCUGUACUUCAAGUGGAGACCAGUUCAAACUAGAUUGCUGUAGUAAUAAACAGAAUAUGAGUUUCAAGGCAAAGCGAUGUGGAGUGCAGUUCAGUCCUCCCUCUAUAGUUUUAAUUUAUGAACACAAUGAAACUAAACAUGUGCGAAAAAGAAUAAUACCUGUGCGGAACUUCUCAAAAUAUUCUGACUACAGCAUGGCUGCAGAAAGGCUGAAGAACCACCCUCGGCACAGGGACUACCUGGAGGGUGUGUCCCAGAGCCAGUUGGAGAAGCUUCACAUCAUCCUGCGAGAUCACAUGCAAGGCUUCAGCUUGGAGCACAGUCUGGAUUCGUUCCGCCUGGACCCCUACGAAGACCUCAACAAACUGGACGACGAUGAGCUGGCUCGCAAGAAGGGCCAAAUGGACGAACUGUUCGAAAAGAACCGGAAGCGCAAAGAUGACCCUGACUUUGUUUACGAUCUGGAAAUGGAUUUCACCAAGACCGCCCUAGAAAACUGCAGCUGGGACGACGAGUCUGAUGAUGAAUUUUGAAACUUUGUUCUUCCAAUACUUUCUCCGACCUUUCAGACUGAAAAGCACCCAACACACUGAUGUUCUAUUAGAUAACAGGGAAAUCUGACACAGAUGUUUUUUUCCACCCCAGGGCCAUUUCCAUCAACAAGGGUAGACUAAAUAAUAGAAACCCCACAGCACCUUGAAACUCUUUUCAACUGUUUCCACAGCUACAGUGGCUGAACAGAAUAGAACACAAUAGCACAUUGCAUGUUUUGUUUAAGAAUGGCAAUGAAUGAGAUACUGCAUGAAUAAUAGUGAAUAUUUAUUUUGUUAUAAAAUACUGAAUUUUAUAAAAUACAAA